AUGCCACUUCGAGUACACGUCUUGUCGCCUCAAGACCCUUCACAUGUCGCCUUAAUUCCCAAAAUAGCGGAAAUUCACCUUGCCGCCUGGUUGUCCAAUACUCUCUAUACUAAAAUUUACUACGGCCCGCCAACCAGUCACCGGGCCGUUGGCGAAGCGAUGGGACAACGGCAUCUGGACGCCUUUACAUCUAAUCCUAGUUCAAAUUUUGCUGUGGUGGUCGACGACGAUAUUGAGACUACUUCUACAAACAUUGAAAAUGGGGAUGACUUGAUCCUACCAGCCCGGGUGAUAGCAUUCCUGAAGUACGAUGUCUUUGCGACCGUGGAGGCUCUGAACGGGCGAAAAGAUGCUGGCAAACGUACUUGGCCGCCCUAUACCAACAUUGCCCUCGUUUCGAGCUUCUGGGGCGACAUCGUGAAGACCAGAGAACGUUUCUCGAAACAACUUGGACCGCAUGUUAAUGUCGACUUACUUGCAACCUUACCAAGUCAUCAUCGUCGUGGAGCGGGAAAAUUACUGAUGGACCAUGCCAUGGGAAAGAUCGAUGAAUUGCAUCUUCCCGGUACGCUUGAAGGGAGUCCACAGGGGUUGAAGCUGUACAGUAGUGUUGGCUUUGAACCUGUGGGUGAUAUUUGGGUGGAUUUGUUGAGGUUCGAAGAUGGAGGUGAUAAAGGGGAUGAAUGGGCCAAGGCCGAAGGGAGAGUUCCGGGUCAGGGUGAAGGGUGGUACAAACAUGUUGCUAUGAUCAGGCAGCCUAGGCCACAGUGA